AUGCCCGGUUUCAUAAGAGUUGGGUACUAUUAUAUUUUCUCAAGUCAGGUCCUUAGAAGCAUAGUGUAUGGAGACCAACCAAGAAAUAGGUUGGAUAUGUACAUACCCACUGAUCGUAGCAAACCCAAUCCAGUUGUGGUAUUUGUAACUGGUGGAGCUUGGAUCAUUGGUUACAAGGCGUGGGGUGCCCUUCUUGGAAGACGGCUAGCAGAGCGUGGAAUUAUAGUCGCUUGCAUUGAUUAUAGAAAUUUCCCUCAAGGAACAAUAAGUGACAUGGUCAGUGAUGCUUCUGAGGCAAUUUCAUUUAUUUGUGAUACUGUUGCUAGCUAUGGAGGAGAUCCUAAUCAGAUUUACUUGAUGGGUCAAUCAGCAGGAGCACAUAUCGCCGCAUGUGCUCUCUUGGAGCAAGCAGUUAAAGAAUCUCAAGGAGAAGAAAUUUAUUGGAGUGUUACUCAAAUAAAAUCAUAUUUUGGUUUAUCUGGAGGAUACAACAUGCAAAAUUUGGUUGAUCAUUUUCAUAAACGUGGUCUUUAUCGUUCAAUUUUUCUCAGCAUAAUGGAGGGAAGGAGAUCAUUGCCACAGUUCUCUCCGGAAAUUAUCGCUAAAAAAUUAACUCAUGGAGUCAUAGCUCUACUUCCUGAGAUUGUACUUUUUCAUGGAACAGGAGAUUACUCGAUACCAUCGUCUGCUAGUAAAAUUUUUGCGGAUGUCCUCAAAAAAGCUGGUGCAAAAGCUAAAGUACAAUUGUACAGAGGAAAAACCCAUACUGAUGUAUUUGUACAGGAUCCACUUAGGGGUGGCAAAGACCCACUGGUUGAGGAUGUGGUUUCUAUAAUCCACGCCGAUGAUGAUUCGGCACCUAGCCCUGAGCGCCUGGUUUCCGAGUGGCGGAUAAUGUUGGCCCGGCAAAUCAGCCCAUUUUGA